AUGAGGUCCUGCACCACAGACUGCAUUGAAAAGCCCAUCAGGCGCUGUUUUGAAAGUCUCGGUAAAUUCGUCGGUCUUCACCCGUGGUGGUUUGUCGUUUUACCUCUUGUGAUGUCCUCAGGUCUCGGAGGAGGAUUUUACUUUUUGAACGAGCUGAAAUCCGACGACAUAGUGGAGCAGUUUACUCCGAAAAAAGGGCGCGCGAAAAUGGAGAAGCGUUUCUUUCAGGAAACUUUCCCUCAGAGCGACUCUCAGUUUUCAGUUAUCCGACUCAACACCGACGGGGUUUUUGCGUCUUUGAUAUUUUCCUCACAGUCAAACAUACUCAGUGUUACAGCACUCGACGAAAUCAUCCGUGUUGAUGAAGAAAUUAAAAGAUUCAACGUAAUUUUUGACACAAAUACGUUUGCGUUUUCGGAUAUUUGCGCAAAUGUUAACGGAACGUGUAACUCUAACGUAAUUCUCGAUAUUUUCGGUUACAACGCCAGUAAUUUUAGUUUCGUCAACAUAACGUAUCCAAAAUACUGCCGGUCUGAAUUCAACUGUGUCCACUUGGGAAAUGUCAUCAGUGAAGUGGAAGUGAAUCAGGAUGGAUUUGUCCAAAAUGCCAAAGCAAUGAGACUUUUCUAUUAUCUACAAGAAAACAACACAAUGACAGAUGCCUGGCUUCAGAAAUUGGUGGACGUGCUCUCUAAUGUAACCACAUCAAAUACAGAAGUAUCUUAUUUCACCUCCAUGUCAAGACAGCAGGAGUUUGAGAAGAGCACCCGAUCUGUCACUCAACUUUUCGCUAUUACAUAUUUUCUUGCCAUCUCAUUUUCAAUAAUGUCUUGCCUGAGGUUUGACAAUGUGAGGAAUAAGGCAUGGCUUGCUUCUCUUGGAGUUUUUUCCACUGCACAAGCAGUGCUGUCCAGCUUCGGGUUGCUGUUACUCUUGAACGUGCCAUUUGUUAUUACAGCCGCAUCUUCUCCAUUCCUCAUUCUUGGAAUUGGUAUCGACGACAUGUUCAUCAUGAUCUCCAGCUGGCAGCGGACCAACAUUCAAGACUCGGUGCCAAAUCGCAUGGCCGACACCUACAGAGAAGCUGCCAUUUCAAUCACAAUCACCACCCUGACCGAUGUCCUGGCCUUCUACCUGAGCUUCAGCAACCCAUUCGGCUCCGUUCAGUCUUUCUGCCUCUACGCGGGCACAGCCGUCCUGUUCUGCUACUUCUAUAACAUCACUUUCUUCGGCGCCUGUUUGGCUCUGAAUGGCAGACGGGAAAGUGCCAACAAACACUGGUUAACUUGCAUGAAGGUACCAGAGGAGGCGCCAUCUGGAAGGUCUAAAGCGUACAAUCUCUGUUGUGUUGGAGGGUCAUACAACCGUAACACAGGAACCGAAGAGGAACAUCCAAUGACGUUGUUCUUUAGGAAGUGCUAUGGCCCGUUUCUGACAACAUCCUGGUGUAAAGCAUUCGUAGUGUUGAUCUACUUCAUAUACAUUGGUGUUAGCAUUUACGGCUGCCUCCAACUGAAGGAGGGCAUUGAUCUCAAGAACCUAGCGCUUGACGAUUCCUACAUCAUCCAGUAUUACGAUGCCGAAAACGCUUACUUUCGUUAUUACGGUCCCAAUGUGAUGCUAGCCAUCAAUGGGACGUUUCCAUAUUGGGAGGAGAGCGAACGCAAUCAACUCGAGACUUGCAUCGAACGAUUUCUGGAGCUCGAUUUUGUCAACUCGUCAACAUCUUGGCUUCAUGCCUUCGAAAGGUAUGGUGUUGGUAGAAACAUCAGCUCAGAAGCUACAUUUAAAACACAUCUCCAUGAGUUUCUAGAGCCCAACCCAAUGCUCAAACAGGAUGUUAACAUAACCGAUGAUAACAUAACAGCAUCUCGCCUGUUCCUCCAGACGAUUGUACAGAAUGCAACAGAGAAGACUGUACUGAACUCUUUAAGGGAGACAGCAGAGAUAUGCCCAUACCCAUUGCUGGUCUACCAUCCUUCGUUCAUCUACCAUGAUCAAUACACAGUAAUUGGACAGGUCACUCUUCAGACGAUCGCAGUAUCAACCGCAGUCAUGCUCUUCAUCGCUCUUAUGCUGAUUCCUCAUCCUCUUUGUGCUCUCUGGGUGGCUUUUGCCAUCGCUUCGGUCAUUUUGGGAGUCACCGGAUUCAUGGCUCUCCUAAACAUAAGCCUGGAUUCCAUCUCCAUGAUUAAUCUGGUCAUUAGCAUUGGCUUCUCGGUGGAUUUUUCUGCCCAUAUCUCCUACACGUUUGUAUCCAGUACUAAGACUGAUGUCAAUGAGAGGGUUGUGGAGGCACUGGCACACCUAGGUUACCCUAUACUACAGGGGGCGCUGUCUACGGUUGUGGGGGUGGUGGUGCUUUCAGCUUCCAGCAGCUACAUAUUUAGGACACUCUUCACCAUUGUGCUUCUAGUCGUUACUUUCGGGCUGCUUCAUGGUAUUGCUUUUAUCCCAGUGUUUCUGACUUUCUGUGGAUUUUGCCACAAGCUACUGAAGCACUGAAUUUGACUAUGAAGGUUUUUUUGCUUCCUUUUGUCCUAUGAUUGGUGUAUAUAAUCAAACUGAUGUGUAGAACAUGUGAUGAUCCAGA